GAAACAUUGCUUCAGCCGUUCCUUCAAGACAGCUGUAAGUGGAAAAGAAAGCUAGAUGAGCUCGUGUGUGCUUGAUGAGGAGAACUUCCAUCGCUGCUGUCAGCUCCUGCUGCAGAAGUCGCAGCAGCUGGGAGACAGCUGGAGCUGGGAGGCAGUCCGGGGUUCAGAUGAGGGCUACCUGAGGAAGACUGCUCUCAGGUCAGUCGUCAUUGACUCAACCCCAGUGUGGGACCAGGAAGGAUCAGAUACAGAGCCACUCACUUCCUAUCACCCCUGGCCUGACAAGCAGAGGCAAGAAACAGAACAGUCUGUUCCUGUUGCCUCAGCCGAUGUUGACAGCAUCAGCGGUGACAUAGAUGAUGAUGAUGACGAUAACGGGGGCUGUCCGGUGUCUGAAGGCAGCAGCCAGGUGCUGCAGUACGAGUAUCACAUCCUGCACUCCUGCAGCUAUGGUACUCCUGUGCUGUAUUUCAGAGCCUCCACUCAGGAGGGGAGGAGCCUGUCAUUAGAGGAGAUGUGGAGCUCUGUUCAUCCAAACUUCAGGCUUCGGCUUCAGAGCAGUCCUUUGAAUACAAUCACUCUGCAGGAGCAUCCCCUGCUGGGUCAGCCAUUCUUUAUGCUACACCCCUGUAGAACAGAGGAGUUCAUGCGGCCCGUGCUGCAGGCGGCUCAGGAACAGCACAAGGCAGUGAACUACGUGUUGUCGUGGCUCAGUGUGGUGGGUCCUGUGGUAGGUCUGGAUGUUCCUCUGCAGUACUCCACCCAGCUCUGUCCUGCAGCGUCACCCAGCAGCACCAAACCAGACUGAGGCUGCACCUGCUCUGCUUCUCCCUCUCUGUCAGCAUCACUGUGGAGUCUCUCUCUACAGAGGCUGGAUUAUCAGCUGGGAAAAGUGGGCAAUAGACAGCUGCUUUUGAGGGGUCACAGUUAAGGGCUCGUUAGAUACUGAGAAAGACCGAACAAAUUGCUAAUAUAGUGAAAAAAAAAUUCUGUCCAUGUUGGGAUUUAUAUAAUGGUUGCAUAGACCACAGCUGCUGUCUUGUUUGUUGUUGUGUGAAACUUUUGACUCUGCCCUCUAGUGCCAUCUGUUGGCCGUGUCAAUGCCAACAUGACGGAUGCAUGGAAGUAUGAAGACAGUGAUGUUUACAACCGUUGAAAUGGACAUAUCUAUUUUCAUACAUAAAGGGAGUAUAAAUAAACCUUGACAAGUGACUAACAACUGAGGUGACAAAGUAACUCAAUGGUGACUUGUAGUUUCACACCCAACACAAACACGCGUCACCUGGCUCAGAGUCCUGUGCUUGUUGGACCCAUCCACCUUUCCUCCCAUUCAAAGUGGAUUUUCUUGCUCUUUAUACUGUACCCUCUGAAUAUUUAAUAAUGAUGCACAUGGGUUUACAAUGGAGUUGGUUGAAAGCCUGGUGCAUCUCAUACAGACGCUAAAGGGUGUCCCCUGGUGUUACUGCCCAAGCACUGUAUUUUGAUGCCCUGGGAGUGAGACCAGGCUGUAUAGAGUACUCUAGGGACAAAGUUUUUCUGUAGGCCGACAUGGAAGUUAGUGUCGCCCUGGUUCACUCUUCAAAAAGCCAGUGGGGUUUUUCCAUUGGAUUUUGGAUUACUGCAGAAAACUAAGCUCUUUAUAGAUUUUGUUCAGCAAGAUUAUCGUCACAAAUGAACAGCACUUUAUGAUUUUUGAAGCCUAAAUGCAAUCGCAAUUAGUAAAAAACUAACAUGAGGCUAUAAACAAACUACACCAAAACCAGUCUGUAAGGCCAUGUUUGGUGUGAUGAUGUUCUAUAGUCUCAUUUAGCCACUUGUUAGCAACCGCCUUUUUUAAGACACAUAAAAGCUACAGAAUUCAUGACUGGGGUAUUUACUGACAUAUUUAAUGUCGCAGAACAAAACAUGACAAUCUCUUAAGCUUGUAUUAACCACAGACCUUAUUUCAGGCAUCUAACCAAAAGCCCAUUGACUUACAGACGGGGGGGCUGAGAGUGCUACGAUGCUAACUAAUUUUGGGGUUUUAGGAGUCAUUCCUGGGACACUUUAUAGCUGAUAUUUCUAAGGUUUCUCUGGAAACAGCUGCAGUGAGAUGAUGAUGCAUUUAUCCAACACUCCAGAGUUUGACUGUAAUGACAUGUUUCUGAAAUAACCUCUUGAAAAUAAACUAAUGAUCUUUA